CUUCUUCUUCAAGUGAUCAACGUUCUUCAACCCUUUCCAGAAUCAAAAGCCGUCUGCGGCAUCGCCCUAGCUUUCAACCAAGAGAACAGAGCAACUCUAAUCUCCCGAAGUUCUCCAAAUUACUUUUGCCAUUAUUAUCUAUUAACCUUGACAAUUCUUCCAUUUCGCCGCCAAAUUGAAGACGUAGAGCCGAGACUUACACGUAAGAUUCCAGGUUAUUACACUUGCAUCACAUGGCGGAAUCUCCAUUUUUCGAUAGAAUGAUGAUCAAUCUUCGAUCAACCUGCAAGUAUUAUACUGGUUAUCCCAAGGAUCUUGGGCCAUCAAAAGUUAUUCAUUUCACCUCAGAGCGUGAAUUUGUCCAACUUCUGCAUGAAGGUCAUCCAGUGGUCGUUGCUUUUACUAUAAGGAGCAAUUAUUCACAACAUCUUGACAAAGUGCUUGAGGAAGCAGCUGUUGAAUUCCAUCCUAAUGUUAAAGUUGUUCGUGUCGAGUGUCCAAAAUAUCCUGGAUUCUGCAUGUCUAGACAGAAGACUGACUACCCCUUCGUUGAAAUAUUUCAUAGCCCUGAACGAACUGCUGCCAGUCAAGGAAGAGCAGUUGAUCCAAAUACUACUAAGUACUCUGUCAAAGUUUUGCCUUUCAACUACGAUAUGAGUACAUAUGGGUUUCGGGAAUAUUUCAAGCGACAUGGUAUUCGAACAUCAUCUGACCAGUAAGAUAUCGAUUGAGAAACCCUGCCUAGUGCUGCUUGAAGUGGAAUUUGAUUAAUAAAAUAAAAUUUGUAUCAUGCUUUUUGUUGCUUAAAUUCAAAUUAUUUUGAUAAAGAACUAAAAUCAAAACAUUUUAUGAU